AUGAAACUCUUCGGGCAUAAGGCAUCAUCAAUCAUGACGUACAAUGGAACUCGACGUUUCAGGCGGGUCGCUUCUUUUGCGCCAGGCGGGAGUAACCAUGCUGGAGGUAUUCAAUUAUUGGUGUGCACCAGUCUUGGGGGAGAGAGAGGUAGCACUCUGGACACACAGCAGGACGGGACGAUGUUCAACCACGACGUGGCUCUCAUCAAGGAAAUCUUGGGUCGUGGACAAUUUGGAAAGGGCGUUCGUGUGGAGGUUGUCCUCCCGACGAAUGUGGAUGACCCUGGAGUCCACAAAGUCAUCUAA